GAGCGUCGCAGGUGGGCUGCUGCUGCUGCUGGUGGUGUAACCCACCUCUGUCUGAAUAUAUUCUGAGCGGAAACACUGGAACAAGCGGCGGAGCGUCGCAGAAAAACAAAAAAAAAACAAGAGUAGCUCGGAGACGGUUCGCAUGGUUGGCUCCCUUAAAGGUGCCGAGGAGACAGUCAGAGGCGUUUGUUUUAGAAGACGCUGGUCUAGGUGCCUUAAUAAGUGUGUUAGCAGAAUAGCCCCAGGUGUGUUUGUAAAGAUAGGAGGCAUGCAGGCAGGUGCAGCGAGGAGGUUGGUGCAGUGUCCCGUCAGCUGUUGACGCUCCGUAUUACCCUUUAACGCGGACGGAAAGUGACCAUGAAGGACACGGGGGAAUCAAAGGACCAACAACUAACUGUUGCCUUGAGGAUCCGACCCCUCAGUGAUGCUGAGCAGGAGGAGGCGGCCACAAUAGUGGCCCACAGACUGGACGACCAGAUGGUGGUUCUGAUGGACCCCAUGGAGGACCCUGACGACAUCCUGCGUGCCAACCGCUCCCGGGAGAAGACGUACAUGUUUGACGUUGCAUUUGAUUACUUAGCCAGUCAGGACGAAGUGUAUCGAGCUACGACCAAAGAGCUGAUCGAGGGCCUCAUAUCAGGCUACAAUGCCACCGUGUUUGCCUACGGACCCACAGGUUGUGGGAAGACCUACACCAUGUUGGGGACCGACAAGGAGCCAGGCAUCUACGUCAGGACGCUAAACGACCUGUUCCGUGCCAUCGAGGAGACAAGUGACGACAUGUCGUACAGCGUCUCCAUGUCCUAUCUCGAGAUCUACAACGAGAUGAUCAGGGACUUGCUAAACCCGUCGUCUGGUUUCUUGGACCUGAGAGAAGACUCCAAAGGUGUUAUCCAGGUUGCCGGCAUCACAGAAGUUUCUACCAUCAAUGCACAAGAGAUCAUGGAAUUACUCAUGAGGGGCAACAAACAGCGCACUCAGGAGCCGACAGCUGCCAAUCAGACGUCAUCUCGCUCCCACGCCGUGCUGCAGGUGGCCGUCAAGCAGCAGAGCCGGUGUCGAGAAGUCCUGCAGGAGGUCCGCUUCGCACGCCUCUUCAUGAUCGACCUCGCCGGCUCCGAACGAGCAGCACAGACUCAGAAUCGGGGUCAGCGGUUAAAAGAGGGGGCUCACAUCAACCGCUCCCUCCUCGCUUUGGGAAACUGCAUCAAUGCCCUGAGCGAAAAAAACGGCAACAAGUACGUCAACUACCGGGACAGCAAGUUGACUCGACUACUAAAGGACUCGUUAGGCGGGAACAGUCGGACGGUCAUGAUCGCCCACAUUAGCCCCGCCUCUAUGGCGUUUGAGGAGUCUCGUAACACGCUGACGUAUGCCGACCGUGCCAAAAGCAUCCGUACACGGGUAAAGAAGAACCUGAUAAAUGUGUCGUACCACAUUGCUCAGUACACAAACAUCAUCUCAGACCUGCGCAGCGAGAUCCAGCGGCUCAAGCAGAAGAUCGCAGAUCAGGCGAGCCGCCAGCUCAACUCUGACCGCACCGACAUCCGACAUGUUCAGGCUGAGGUCCAGGCUCACUCCAGCCAGCAGAGCCGGGCGGAGAUGGACCAGUUGCGGGAGCAGCUCCUGGAUGCUUUCCGCCAGCAGAUGGAGAUCAGGAGGAGCCUGAUGGAGCUGGAAAACAGCAACAUGGAGAUCCAGAUCGACACCUCAAAACACCUGCUCACCAUUGCAGACUGGGAGCAGGAGAAGAGCAGGCGCAGGAGGAAGUGGCGGGCUGAGAGGAGGAAGGAGAGUGUCAACAAGGACGACAGCGAGAAGGACUCGGACUCCCCUGAGUCUCCUCCGGACAGCACAGAGACGCAGCAGGUGGCGAUGGCCCGGGAAAACCUUGUAACCCUCAUGGCUGAACAAAAAAGAAUCAACAAACAGAAGGCGUUGCUCGAGCGCAGGUUCCUGGAGCUGCGGGAUCGUGCCCGGCGACUCGAGGAGCUGCUCCCUCGGCGUGUGAGCUCUGAGGAGCAGCGGGAGGUGCUGGGCCUCCUCUGUAAAGUGCACGAGCUGGAGAUUGAGAAUGCAGAGAUGCAGUCUCACGCGCUGCUCAAGGACAACGUCAUCAGGCACAAAAACUUUGUGGUGCAGCGCUUCGAGCAGCACAGACACCUGUGCGACGAGAUCAUCCAGCAGCAGAGACAGUUCAUUGAUGAUCACAGUCUGUUAGUGCCUCCACACCUGCAGGAGCUGUAUGAUAUGUACAUGAGGGAGCUGGAGGAGAGGAAGCUGGACAGAGCCAUGGCCCUGGACAAAGUGACCACCAGACACACCAUCAAGGAGGGCUCUCUACCCAAGAUCACUCUACCCGGUCAGGGUCGCGAUAACGCACAGGACAUGGACUCGGACCAGGAGAGCGUGCGCAACAUGUACUCUGAUAACAGACGAGGCCAAACGAAAACCCGCAGACACACUUUACCCCCCAUUCUGCCUGAGCCGGAGCUGGACAGCAACAGGGUGUUUAAGAACAGCCCUCACGCCCGGCAGAUGAAAAACUCGGCUGUGAUGACUCCGCCCCCGAUUCACAUCAACGGGAAGGGCAACAGAGAGCUGCAGCCAUUGGCUCCUGAAGGCUCCCUGAGCUACAGCCACCUCAGCCACAGUGUGAGCAGCCACCUGGACUCAUCGCCCGAGAGCAGCGAGGCCGGUGCUGAAAUCCCUCUUUCAAGACACGAGCGUCAGCAGAUCCUAAAGGGGGUCCAGAACAUUGUUGUGAAAGCGGCCCGUAGGCGCUCCAAAGCCCUGGAGGUGGAUGCCUUGCGGUUGCACCUCCCCCCCUCUCCUCUGGACCCCAAGAAGCAGAAGAGCAGCCUCUCUCUGAGCGAGGCUCCCCCUGCAGGUCUACCGAUGCGGCGCGGCCGGCAGCCCAGCCCCGAGCUCAGGCACGCCACCUCCGACGACAACCUGUCCAGCAGCACGGGGGAGGGGUCCAGCCUUCAGGUGACCUGGACACGGCCGCGCAACCGCCAGGUCAGCAACAAGAACCAGACGCCGCGGGAUGUGGACUUCGAGGCUCGCCGGAAGAAGAGGCGCUCACGCUCCUUUGAGGUCACUGGGCAAGCACUGCCUCAAACCAAGACAACCACAGCUCAGAGGUUUCGCCCUCUGGACAGCACCUCAGACCCCCAUCUCCACAACAACACUCUUCCCCAGGCCCCCAUGCUCCGCCCCCAGUACAGAGGGGUCCCUCCCCUCGCCAAAGUCAGGGCUCCCCACUUCAGCCAGCAUUCAGGCUCAAACGCAGAGUCCUCCACAGCCUACAUGAAUAAUCUGAAGCGAGGGCCUCAGCUGCGUCAGCCACAGCCCCUCCUCUACAUCACCACGUCAGGCGCCGGGGGCCAGCGCACGCGCAGACACUGAGCCACUACACACCUUUAUCCCCAACACCAGCACUUAACAUCCACACCAGCCAAACUUGCACGGGAAAGUCGUCAUCGUUAAAAUGUACAGUGAACCCCUCAGUGACUGACAUCAGGCAAGACUGUGAGGCAGAGAGGAAAACAGACAAGAGACCUCCACACAGGUUCUCCUCUCUGCUUUUGCUGUGCACACUGAGCAAGAGGCAAGAUUGCUAGAUGUACAGUGUUUGGGUCCUGUCAAGUGUUUCCACUUUAGCUUGCUGUCGUUCAGAGCUAUGUUAUCGUUAAGUCAGGAGAUGGUGUCAAGCCCCCCCCAUGAAUGCAACAUGGUACUAAUGUUUGUGCUUUACCGUGAGUUUGGUCAUUUUCAGUGUUUGUUACUGAGGGAGAAACUGAAAAAAGAAGCUCAUAGGGGAUGUUUAUGGGGCACUGUCUAAUAGAGCUUUCCCCUUGAAUGUCACUGAGGAUAUUACACUAAUGGCUGUGUAAAAACUGUAUAUGAAAAAAAGGCCUAUUGUCAAAUUUCUGUUUUGUUUUUUCAGUUAAACCCCACACAAAUAAUUCAGCAUAAGUCCGCCAUUGUCUUGACUGUCAAGCAAUCAUGGAUUCAAACUGAAUGUUUUCUCCUCCCACACCCCGGUCUCUGCCUUUUCCUACCAACACGUGACUGUUAAUGGUCAUGUCUUUUUGCGUUGAUGUAGAGUACCACAGAUUGCUUUUCCAGACUAGCUUGCUGUAUUUUUAAGGAUUUAUUUAACUGUUGCCUUUUAUUUUAUUUUGUUUUUAUUGGCUUUGUUUUCAUAAUUGAUACUUUCUAUGCUUUAUUUUGUACUUUUUUUUUUUAUUUGUACUCAAAUAAAUUCAAAGGAGAUAAG